AUGGGCCGCCGCUAUUUGAUCGCUGGAAACUGGAAGUGCAACGGCACUCUUGCCGAGAAUGAGGAGCGCAUCAAGGUGUUCAAUGAAGCUGGAGCCAUCCCCGAAAAUGUAGAUGUCGCUUUGUGCGUCCCCUCCAUUCACAUUCCCAUGGUUCUCUCCAAAGUCCGAAAGGAAAUCACCGUUGGUGCUCAAGAUUGCGGUAGCAAUGAUGGAAAUGGCGCCUACACUGGUGAAGUUGGAGCUCACCAAAUCAAAGAUAUUGGCUGCACUUGGGUCAUUAUUGGACACUCGGAGCGUCGUGAAGGAUUUGGAAUGGCUGGAGAACCAGUAGAGCUUUGUGCCGAAAAAACCAAGGUUGCCAUUAAAAAUGGACUCAAAGUCAUGUUUUGCAUUGGAGAAAAGAAGGAAGAGCGAGAAUCCGGUGUAACCAUGGAAGUUUGCGCCAAGCAGAUGGCACCAUUGGCCAAGGCUAUCGAAGCCAAGGAUUGGGAAUCCAUCGCCAUUGCCUACGAACCAGUUUGGGCUAUUGGAACCGGAUUGACAGCAACACCAGAAAUGGCCCAGGAAACACACAAGAGCAUCCGUACUUGGGUUUCCGAAAAUGUUUCCCCCGAGGUUGCCGAGGCUGUGCGAAUCCAGUAUGGUGGAUCCAUGAAGGGUGCCAAUGCCAAGGAGUUGCUGGCUCAGCCAGAUAUUGAUGGAGGACUCAUUGGAGGAGCCAGUCUCAAGGCUGACUUUUUCAAUGUUGUCAAUGGCAUCCCCUAA